AUGAUUUCUUCAAAUGAAGUGUCGUCUUCCUCAGUGUCGGAUUUCGGAGCCAUUCUAGUUUACAAAUUCCCACCUGUUAGGACGGUGGGGGAGUUAGUCGGAGGUGGGAUUGAUGCGGGAAGAAUUGGUGGAGAAACUGGAGCUGAAGAGGUUCAGAUUGCUAUGGAUAAUAAUCAAACGACUGUCUUGCAGAAUUUCAUAGCAGAUGCUGCUGCUCCACCUCAGACCCAAAAUGCUCCAUCGACCGAUCCAGGCUAUAACUCAUACACGUCCCAUGGUUUGGUAUACUCAUCUCCCCCUUCCAAUCCUAAUCUUUCUCAGCAAACCGGGCAUUAG